AUGUGCCCGUGUACGGUGGCGGCUCCACAAUCCGCCGGUCCGUCCGCAGCGGCCAAUCCGGCCGUCUGCCCGGACUGUAUUCUGAAGAGCCUCUCGCAGAUGGAGCCCGAAGCACAAGCCUUACUAUUAAUGGCCAACCCCGCUUUGAUGUUCGAUCAAAUAGCCCUCAGCCAAUACCUGUUGGCCGAGAUGCAACCCCAGAUCCACAAGCAGCAGCAGCAACUGUUGGCCCAGCAACAGCAUUUACAACAGCUGCAACCGCAGCAACUGCAGGCCGCCGCCGGAAAUCGUGAGUUUUUGAGAAGGAAUUUUGUUGAAUUAGAAUUUUGGAUCUGCGCGAUUUUCUUGCCU